AUGAUAUCUUCCCUCGCGUUGCUGCUGCUUCAGGGCGCCAGUACGCUACCACAACCUCAUUGGCCGAGUACCUUUGUAGCGGACUACGUCUCCGACGACAAGCACACCACAGGCUACUACGCCAGCGACACAAGCCCCGGCGUUGGGGCGUCGCGCAUCACUUUCGAAGAUGGUAGCGGAGAUCACUUGUGCUCGUACUACCACACCAAGACGCCCUGUGAACAGCUGACAACGGGAGGCUUCCGGUACCUCUACUUCCCGAACCUGCCAGACUGCUGCAAGUGCUGCACAUAUGCCACGGGAUCGUACCUGUGCGGAGGGCCCGUCGGGCCUCGAUGGAUGAGCAACGCCACGGGCAACCUCAUCUACGAGGGCAAGGAGGUGAUUCUCGGUCGUGCGUGCCACAAGUGGGGCAUCCAGGGCAUCUUCCCCACCCACAUGAACUACUACUUUCAGGAUGUGGAGACCGGCCUGCCAUGCGGACUCGACGGCUACAACUACUUGAGGACUCCAGAUGAGCCGGCUGAUGACCAAUACCUCUUCAAGGUUGGGUCUGUCAACUUGACCGUCCCCCACUCGACCUUUGACGUUCCACAGUUGUGCAAAGCUGCCAGAUAUUGCGGUGGCAAAGUUUGUGCGGCCGGGCCAGACGUUCGACAAUUUGUUUGA